CCUCUCACUAUUUCAAGUUUCACUUCACAUCUAACACUCUCAAGUCACAACCAUUUCCCUCUUUCAACUUUCCAAUUUGUCCACCAUCACCACAACCAUCUUCUGCCAUAUAUAGUCCUCCACCACCACCUAUUUCCGAUGGAAAGGAACGGCGACCAAGAAACACACAAUUUCACGAACGUAGAAUCGUUCUCUCAACUUCCCUUUAUUCGCCCCUCACCAACAAAAGAAAAAACCUUAAGACUCUUUGGAAAAGAAUUCAGUGGUUCCCCCAGCACUGACUCGUCCGUUAUUAUCAUAGCGGACGAGUCAGUUUCAGCUGAUACUGCAGCUGUUAUACAAGAAGAAUCAUCUAAAGAAACCGGGGAAAGUAAUAGAAAAUUCGAAUGUCACUAUUGUAAUAGAAACUUUCCUACAUCUCAAGCCUUAGGUGGUCAUCAAAAUGCCCAUAAAAGGGAAAGACAGCAUGCAAAAAGAGCUCACCUUCAAUCUACAAUGUUUCAUGGGAGCUUAACACAAAUGUAUGGUCUCAUGAAUUACCAUAGUCAAAUACCUAGUUACUACAAUCAACAACAUAUUACUACAAUAACCAAUAAUGGUUUUAGUCCUAAUAAUGGGAUUACCAACCAUAUUAUUGGUAGUAGAUUUUAUGGUGGGAAUACUACUAAUUAUGGUACUUAUCAAACACCUAUCAAUGGUAGUCCAUUGGCCAUGUUAAGAUACCCGCCUACUCGAAACUUGACAUAUAGCGACGGUUUGAUGGCGUCGAGAAAUGGAAGUAGCAGUACUAAUUCUCAGAUGGGCUAUUCUUAUGAACGAAGGUCAAGUGUUCAAGAUCAAGUUAGUUUGGAUUUACAUUUAUGAUAAUGUGUUGUGUGUAUUGAUUUUGGCUACUAUAAUGUGAUAAACGUGGUAUUAAGGUAAUUUUCUUAGACAAUGUUAUACAUAUAUUAAGUUAUUAUUAUA